GUAAAAGCGUUAAAAAAAUGGAAUGGAACAAGUGAAAAUGAAGAAGCAAGUGCAUUUUAACGAGUUGAUGUGUUGAAAUCAAUGUUAUUUUACUUUCCAUAUUAUGUAAAUACAAUUGAAACAUUACAAUGUGACUGAAGUGAUAAACCCAUACGGCUCUCGGAAUGUCAGUAAAAGUUUUUAUUAACGUUUUCGGUUUUACUAACUUUCAAAAACUGUUUCAAAGCAAUAUGUGUAUAGGUUUUAAGGUAAAUAUACAUUGAGAAAAUAUUACAAUGUGUUUAUGGACACCUUGCUAUCAAGUAAAAUGCCACGCAACUGCGAUGAAGACUCUGGACGUAGUUCCUGUUCAGCUGCCUCCAUCAAUUUUAGUCCUAUCAUGGAAAUGCACACCUUUGUACCGACAAACUUAAAACCAAAAGAUCAACUCACUCAAAACAUUGAACUCAAAGUUAGCACACAGCCUAGAAACUUUGCUAAUAUAAUAAAAUCUCCAGAUGAAAGAGACCCUUUCCCUAGCUGUAGGAUACAGAGGAAGCUUAGAAAUCCUGUAUUUAAUCUAUUUGAUAACUCCCGAUUAGGUGGCUUAAGUAAUGCACAUUCCACACUUAACAUAGCAUGCAGUACCCAAAUCGAAAAUUCUAUACAAGGGAAUGCUAAGUCAUUGUCUGUGCUAACUACUGAUGAUAUUAAAAUUAAUAAACAACUCCAAAAUACCAACUUCAGAAGAGGUAAACCAGUCCAAAGGGCUGCAUCUAGACUUUAUAAGGCUGAAAAUUGUAAAGGAAAAGAAGGGUGCAUAGGACCAGAGUUUGUCGUCAGAGCUUCCCAACCGGUAAAACAUAUAGAUUUAACAACUUCAGCGAUAUGUGAUAAGAGAGUAAUAACUAUUGUACUUCUAAAUGGUCAGAGAGUAGAAAUCAUAUGUGAUCCUGCAACAAUAACAGCUGGACAGAUUUUUGAAGCUAUAGUUUCCAGUGAAAAGUAUGAACACAGUUUUAUGCUCGGCAUAUCUAUAUUGAUUGGAGGUGAUUUUGUUUUUCUACCUGAUGAUUACAAAAUUAAAAAGGUUGUUCCUGAAAAAUGGCAUAAAAAUAACAGUAAAAAUAAGGGAAUUGAUGAAGAUGUUUCCAUAAUUCUAUUUUUAAGGAUAAAAUUUUUCUUACCAAUAAACGUUGCUAAUAAUAUACAAGUAGGCGAAUGGACGCAUCGAGUGUAUUUACAACUUAGAAGGGCAACUGUUGAAGGGCAAAUGAUCUCAACGAUACAGAAUCUUAUUUUAUUAGCUGGUUAUGCAUUGCAUAUUGAAUUCGGUGAGUUUUCUUAUCGAGAACACGGUACAGCAGAUUAUUUUUUAUUAGAACACUAUUUACCAGAAUUCCUUAUAACAAAUGAUAUGGCUGACGUUAAAUUUCGUAUGAAACGCGCUCACGAAACCCGACGUGGUUUAGAUAAAAGUAAAGCAAUUAUAAAUUUCAUAACACUAGCACAGACAUUUAGAGAUUAUGGCUCACAUUUUUAUUCAGCAAUUUGGGCUACUAGGGACGGAUUUUGCAGAGAUGUUUGGCUCUCAAUAGGUCCAAGAGGUGUUACUCUUUACUCAAGGACAAAUACCGUUUCUGAGGAAUCAAUAAAUACCAAUCGUAUAGUUCUUCAGAGUUUGCCCUGGCAUCACAUACAUACAUUCUAUUACAACAAAAAAAGCCUUUACAUUAUGCCUAAUUCAUACUCUGGCUUAUCGAAGAUAGGGAUCAAGUAUAAACUUAAAAUACUAGAGAAUAAGAGUUAUUUUGCAUUCUGGUUGGCGUCACUACACCAUAGAUUGUAUUUGAAACUGUAUGCUAAAGAGGAUUUUAUUAGUUAUUUAUCAAGCAAACUAAACUGCCCUACGAUUAAAAACAGUCCAAAUAAAAUUGAAUGCAGUAACUAUCAAGAUAGCUACAAUUUGGCUGUAAGAAAUCCAACGAGGAUUCGUAGACCCGUUAGGACAAGGUUCCGAGUAGAUUUAUUUGGCGAGAAGAAAUCUCAAAACAAAGAAAACGAGAUGCCUAACACUGAGGAAUUAUUGAGGCAGAUUUUAUCGCCCCAACCAAGUGACGAGAGUGUAUUGAACUCACCAAACCAAAAUGGUCAGAGAAGCUCUUCUAACGAAGGCUUGUCUUCUUCCGAAAGCAGUUUGCCGAGAAGACAUGGCGUUAAAAUGGGUACUAGAGUGUUCAAUGGAAAAUAUACUAGAUCACCUAACAAACUUUUAUCAGUGAAGUCUGAUGGUGAUCUGACUAUGACACAAAGUGAUUCAGAUGAUCUGAGUUCGGAGCAAAGACAGUGCAAUGUAAAUAGUAUGAAACUGUUACCGGAGCGAUCUUAUAGCCAAAAUAUGGUUGCCGCGCCAACAGCGUAUGUCCUGGAAUCUCCAAAAGUAUACUCAGACGUAUUUAAUUAUGACACAGGGAAUGAAUCUUGCGUGAACACUUCUAUAUUUGAUAGAUUAGACAACAUGGAAUAUGUGCAAGGUGAAAGAGUAUUUGUUACCGCAGUAUUAGAAAGAGACAAAACAAAUGCUUUAGGAUUACAAGUUGCAGAAGGAUCCGAUGGCAAUGUGUACAUUAAGUCUAUAACGCCAGGCAGUGUCGCAGAUUUGUGUGGAAAACUUCUUCCUGGUGACCAAAUUAUAUCGGUGAAUGGGAAAACUUUACUCAACCUAAAAUACGAUAAAGCUUUAAAUAUGCUGCAGUCGGCGCCACAAAAAGUAGAACUUAUUGUAUUGCAAAACGCUACAAAGAGUACAAUUUUAGACCAUCACGAUAAAACUUUAUCUCAAGAACUACUUGGUAGUCGGGUUUUACAAAAUAGUUUAAGGCAAAGUAUAGCCAGCGCUUUAGAUGUCGAAAUUACAGACGAUGAACUUCUUAAUGAGGAAGCAUUGAAGACUAUUUAUGCACUAAUAAAAUUGACAAAGGAUAAAGUUAUAAGUAGAAUGAAAGACAAAUCAAGCCGACAAACCACUCCCAAUAGAUCAAACCUACAAAAAAGCUAUUCAGAAAAUAAAGUUUGCGAUGAAACUGAUAUUGGCAACUACUCUUCACAAGAAAAUACGCCGCAGAAGAAAACUACGAGUCAAAAGUUCAACACUUGGCGCGGCCAACUAAUGAGUAGACCAAAACGUAGACCGCUAAGUUUAAGUAUACCCACAGGUGUCAAUAUUCCUGAUGAUUAUUUAAAUGACGAUAGCAUAAUGAAGAGAUCAUCACUUAAAUCGAUUCAAUCAUCAUUGAAUAGUUUGGAUAAAUCAAUCAAAAGCAGUUCGUCGAAGAAUGUCGCAUUGCCGAGAAAUUAUGGACUCAGCAGGAGAUGGUUAGGGCCUGUGCGAUACCCUGUCACGCCCUGCAAAAACAACCCUACCGAUGCAAUCAAUAGCAAUAUAAUAAGAAGACAUUUUGUAUAUGGUACGGGUGAUUCCGAUGAAGAGCAAAUAUUUUUAUAACUAGUAACUACGAGAAGAUAUUUUGAGAUACUUUAUGCAUAUUGUUAAAUGUAAGAAUUAUUUUAUGUUAAAUGUACAGUUGACAAAUAUUUUUAACAAAUAUUAUAUGUACCAUUUA